UAUAAUUUAAAAUACAUUAGAUUUUUAUUUAUGUAUAUAAUGAUAAAUAACAUUAGAGUGACCUUGUCAAUUGUCAAAGCUCAGUGGCGGGAUAAUUGAGCGCUCUUCAGACCCCUGCCAACUUGCCAACAUCUAUUUAGAACAAUUCGCAUCCCAAUUACAUAUUUAACCUUGUGAAUUGAUGCUAUCUUUUCAUAUUAAAUAUUUCGAUUUAAGGCGAUAUGUUCACCAUGGAUACGCAGCUUGUACAAAUAUUAGCAAACGCGAUUAGUUUGUUAACUGUUUUAUCAUGUUUAUUUCUAAAAGUGCCUCAAAUUUUAUACAUACGAAAGAAACAAUCUGCCGAUGGGAUAUAUAUGCAGGCAAUGUUGAUGGAAAUUACAGGGUUUACAAUAGUAACUCUUUACAAUUACACAAAUCAAUACAGUGUAAUGACUUAUUUGGAAUAUCCUAUUAUACUGCUGCAAGUUUAUGUGAUGUUGUACUAUGUAUUAAAAUUUAAAGGAUAUUUAUCAACUCCAAUAGUCCCAUUUGUAAUAGUAGCCUAUUUUGCUUCAAUUUUCAGCUUUGUUUUUGAGAUAUUACCAAGAGAAAUAUUAUCCUAUUUAGUGCCUCUUUGUACUCCUUUGAGUGGUUCUGCCAAGGUUACCUACAUUUAUGGAAUUAUCAAGGCAGCUAAUGCAGAUGCUGUCUCAUUGACUACAUGGAUUAUUUCUGUUUUAACAAAUAUAUCACGACUCUUUACUGUGUAUGUUGACUCGGCUGAUACCAAAUUAAUGAUUAAUUUUUUGGUAUCUACAAUAUUGAGCGCUGGAGUUCUAGCUACAGCAUUUUACUAUCAAAGAUAUACAUCAAAACUUAAAGUACAAAAACAAAGACGAAGACGAAGUUCAUCUGCCAACAAAAAUCAUCACCGUAAUGAAUGAAUUAUGGAUAAAACAUCUAAUCAACAUAUUAGUCAUAUUUUGGAAACUAGCUUAAUAUGCUUAAAAUUUUUAUAAUUUUUAUACUGAUCAAUCUAAAUGCUUGUCAAGCCACUAGCUUAUUAGAAAGUUAGAUAUAUAUUAAAUUUUGCUUAAAAUAUUUUAUGGCUACAAAUUUAGAUAUGUAGAGUAUUGCAGCUGUUGUUUAUGGUUUCCUUUAUUAGUAAAAAAUGUAUUUUCGAUCUCACUUCCUAUAUUACCUUAUUGGAACACAAUAUUUUUAUCUUUACAUUGAUGGAUGCUUGUUUAAUGUUCAAAUCAAAAGGCAUCAAAAACAUAGUAUGAAGUGAAAAAUUGUUUUGAAUUUUGUGUUAUAGUGUCUAGUCAAUAUUGAUCUAGUUCAAGUACUGGAAAUUAUUUAAAACACAAUAAUUAUUUAAUACAGUAUAUCAUAUUUAAAAUAACUGAUUCAGAUAAUAAAUUAAAGCACAAUUUAAGCGCUCAAUUUCGCUUUCAUGUUUUUCUCUAAUAAAUGUGCAGCCUUUCGUCAAGCAGAGGAAUUUACUUUAAUGCAAUCCAUAUUUCAUCUUUAAAAUUGACAAAUAAUGACUACAUACCAUUUGAAAAGACAUGUUGUGAUAUUUAUAGUUAUUUUAUAUAAAAAUGUUUCCUGUUAACAAAAUAAUAAGUGCCUAGUCAAUUGUAAUAAGUUAAGUAAUAGCAACUCGAUUUGUUGUAACCACACAAAAAUGAAUCUCAAAAGCAAUAAUACCUUAGUAAAAAUAUAGUAACUAUUGGUUUUAAGCUCAGAAAAUUGUUAAGAAGCUGAAUAUGUUUAGUGAAUAUGUAGUCAUAUGUAGAAUUAUAAUAUGCACUAAAAAUAUAUAUUUUUAAAGUGCCAAGUGAGGCUUGCUUGUUAAAUAUGUAAUAGUUAAUUAAUUAUAAUAUACAAUUAUAUACUAUAUAUAAU